AUGUAUCCAUCCGGUUCGGGUGCAUUCACUGGUGGUCCAGGUGCUGUUCGCAAAGGAGCAGAGAUAUCCUUAGAGGCGGUGAAUGAAUGGAAGAUUCAAGAAAUUGGCUACGAUGGUGUAGAAAAAUACAUUAAACCCCCAUCGUUCUCUGACAAUGUCGGAAAACUGGCACGUCAAGUGGAUUGGCAAAAAUUAAUAGGUUCUGAUGCUGUUUACGACAAUCCUACUGCAGUAAAGAGUGAGGUGGAAGAUGAGGAAGAGACUGUAGAGACGAAACCAGUGGAGAUUGAGGAACGCGUCGUACCAGAGGCCGGACCGUGGCAUAACGUUGCAAAAUAUUUACAUGAAUCCCUGCAACAAUUCAAUGUUCUUCUCGACAAUCUUGCUAUUAUGCGUGCGACUGACUACAUGAAGCCGUUAACUAUACUGGAUCCUAUCCAUGCAGAAUCUGCUCCAAUGCAAGCUGAGAAUGCUGCCGCCAGUAAGGCUACCCAAUGGGUGUGGAAACGAAAAGCGUUGUUGGAAGCAAUGAGUGUACUAGAAUUAGCACAACGUCUACGAAACGUCGAAGUCGAGGAUGAAGCUCAUCAGCAGAAAAGCCAAUUUUUCAUGGAGUUGACGAAAAUGCGGGAGUACUGGAGGGUGAGGAAAACAGGAGAUCAUAUCUAUGGAGAUCUGGGAUAUCGAAUAUUUGGUUCGAAGUAUAACCCAAGGGAGCUAUUCGACAUUACUAGAAGAUCGCUCACACCAGGGACCUCGUUUGAUGCAAACACCUCUGUUUUGCAGGUGUCCGUACCUCGUGAUCUCACUCGUCGUUCAACAUUAGCUGUUUCUAUAGUGAAAGAUGACUACACCAAUCGUGAUUUGUUUGCUAGUCUCGAUGAUCAUCAAUUUGAAUAUAUGAAAGUGGAUAGUAGUAAAAUUGAAUCGAUUCAUUGGGCAAGUGCACUAAAAUGGGCACAAGAAACAUUGAUAUGCAAGGACAUUUUUAACACGUUGUGCUCUGACGCUGUGCAAAUGAGGAAUCGUUUAUCGACGGUUCGAGAUGGAGUGUUGCUUGUCAGUUUGUACAAUGAUUACCUUUUACGUGUCGAACUGAAAUAUCACCCGUUUAGAGAGGGUGAUCUUAUCGAGGAAGGAUGUCCAUAUCUCAAUCGAUCGCUCAGGGAAAUGAUGGUAUCUCAGGAAUGUACUCGAUGGAUCCGUCCACAAGCAUUCGUUUCACUACCGCUGACAAACCUUAGCGAGGCUCUUGAUGCUCGUGGUCCGAAAGCCUUUACCGCUCACGAGAUUGAAACUAGAGCUCACAAGCCUCAAUUUCUUCUGGAGAAAUUAAUUGUUGUUGCAUCGCACUAUUCACUAGUGAAAAUGGCACGCGAAACACUGGAAGAGUUCAUGAGUGCUACGCGAGAUCCCCAGGUGCACUGGCGGUGGUUGCGUUGUUCUCCAAUCAGUUCUCAAUUUAUGGUAAUUUUGACGAAUCGGAAUUUCGACUAUGUUGUAGGAAAGGUAACUUAUUACAUUCGGGUAACUGCGGAUUCUGUAUGUUUGAUUUCAAAAGACGGUCAUAGCAUGGAUUGCUAUCGCGAUCCUCAUCAGCUAAUGUAUGCACUUAAAUACAUGGCGUGCACCUUUUCUGUGACGUCAAUUUCGACACUAGGGAAAGUUAUGUGGUUUUAUCAACUUCUUCAUGCGAAUAUGAAUGCAACGGAUGAACAUGGAAGGCCAGCACCAACUCUAUACAUGCUCAAUCCAGAUGCUACUAUGGAAGUAUUUGUGCGCUUCGGUAUCGAUCAGAAUCCAUUGAUACAAGUGAGAAAGUUCCAAGGAGCAACUAAGUACGACGACCAAGUGCACGUGCCAUUUACAACGCUAAAUUACGACAGAUUAAGAGGAAGUACCUUGUGCCGAAAGAUGGAUAAUCUUUUUGCUGCGUUUAGAGACAUCGACGAAUAA